UCUCUUUUAUUAAUAAACUGAUUUGAUUAGAUCUCAAUUCCACACAGAAAAUAAUUUUUUACAAUCUUUUAACUAACUACAGUAAAUUGAUUUAAGCAAUCUUUAAUACAUUGAUACCAUUACUGAAUACAUGCAUAACAAACCGUCAGAUGCCUUGAUUCUUUUGUAGCUGAUAUGUUACCAUCUCUUUUAACUACAGUAGUUUGAUUUUAAGCAAUCUUAAACACAGUAAUACAUAAACUGAAUUCAAUUAACUUAAAAUGAAUAUCUACACAAAUUUUAACUGCCUUGAUACUGUUAAAGCUGCUGGCACUUUCCCUCCCCAAUCACUGGAUGAAGCAUAUCUUUCUGGGUCACAUUUACCUGGAGCUGCAGUUGAAUGAGGAGGGACUCAAGAUUUACCAACACCUGAUGGAUAAAGGGUUCGUCAAGAGUUCCUACAUUGUGUCACAGGUCGCCAUGGCUUACAACAACAUGAGAGAGGUAGAUAUGGCAGUCAACGCCUUCACUGAGCUGACAGAGAUGGACCCCUACAGACUGGAAAAUGUGGACUACUUCUCCAAUACUCUCUACAUCAAGGCCAGAAGAUGUCUUGUCCAUCAGAUUAACCCUUUUUGAUUAUCAAGUGUUGAAGAUCUUUGUAAAUGUUUUUUCUAGGAAAUGCGGGCUGAUUUAGCUCACCUGGCUCACAGGUGUUGUGACAUUGACAAAUACAGAGAGGAGACCUGUGUAGUUAAAGAGAGGAAGCCAAGGGAAUCCAGAAUGGGCGGGCCAGGAAGCAGGGGCGUACCCCCAUCCCUUACUUUCAUCGUAAACAACUAGAUAUUGUUACUUUCGAAUUGCACAGUCUUGGAAUUGCAAGUGGUGGUCUGGUACUGUGGUUAAACAGGACGACAGACAAUGUUUGAUCAUGGACCUGGUCUGAUAUAAUGGACUUGUUAGGAUACGUCUGACAAAUCAUACAUUUAUUUAAUUGUCUCUUGUAUCAUGUGUACAAUGAGAUUGUUAUUGUUAUGUAAAUAUGUCUCUUGACCAUCAACUAUUGUUGUAUAUAAAUCUAACAAAACAAAAAGCUGCUGUA